AUGGUCCUUGAAUAUGCAGAAAACGGAAAUUUGAGACAUUUUUUGAAAAGCAAAUCAAAUUCUAUUGAUUUGUAUCAAAAGAUCGAAAUUCUGAAGCAAAUUGGACAUCAUCUCUACAAUCUUCAUGAAAAAAAGAUCAUUCAUAAAAAUUUCCAUAUUGGAAACAUAUUAUUUGCUAAUCAUAUCGAUGACUAUAUAACCAUAAGUGAUUUGGGAAUUUGUCAACCUAUAAAUAAGACAACUUGCUUGAAUGGGUCGUCACAAAAGGAGAUUUACGGCGUUUUGCCUUACGUUGCACCGGAAGUUUUAAGGGAAAAAUCAUAUUGCAAAGCUUCUGAUAUUUAUGCCUUUGGUGGAAUAAUUUAUGAGAUUGUAACCGGAAAUCCACCUUUUCAUGAUAGAUCACAUGAUUUCCAACUUGCUUUAGAUAUUUGCAAUGGUGUUCAUCCCACUAUUCCCGAGGAUACCCCAAAGUCCUUUGUUAAUUUAUUGAAAAGAUGUUGGGAACCGGACCCAAAGAGAAGAAUUACUGCCAUAGAAAUUUUUAGUAUGAUUAGAUGCUGUUUCAUAUAUGAAGAUGAGUGUAAAAUAUCACAUCGAAUAUCAAAAGAAAUAGAUCAAUCUAAAUGCAUUCAUCAUACAAAUCCCACUAAACAAACAAAAAUUCAUCCUGAAGCAAUUUAUAGUAGCAGAUUAUUAUCUUUUCCUAAACUUGAAGAAACUCUCUCUUCAGAUAUAUAA